CUCAUUUGUUUUUUUUUUUUGAAGGAUCCAUUGUCAUUCUUAAUUAUAGCAUACACUUUUUUGUGUUGCUUGCAGCACGCCACUUUGUUUGCUUGUUAACGAGAGAAUGGAUCGUGUGGGUCGAUGAACCUCUAACCCUAACUUUCAGGUCUCUGUGAUUCACCUGUAGUAGUGGUUCUUCUGUAGCAACUGCGUACGAAUGAUUUAAAAUGGUCUCUGUGAGUUAUUUUUGUCUUCUGUUUUAGUUGCCUUCAGGCAAACUUUGGAGUUAAGAAAUGGAGAGGGACAUGAUAUCGACUUUGCCGAAAACAAUACUUCAUGACAUUCUGUCAAGGAUGCCAGAGGAAGAUGCUGUUAGGACAAGUGUUUUGUCCAAAUCUUGGGCGGAAACGUGGUCCACGUAUCCCAUCUUGUAUUUUUCUGAUACUAUGAUCGUGGGGACGUUUCCGCGGCCGUGGGAGGAUUUUUUGAGGAAAAGAAAGAACUUCAUUGAUCAUGUAAAGAGAACAUUGCUGAGGUUCCAUACCCAGGGCUUAGCAAUCAAACAAUUUAGGCUUAUUAUCAAUUUUGACCUUCAGUACAUGUCCCUGGAUGUAGAUCAUUGGUUGAAGUUGGCUAGUGAAAGUGGUGUUCAGGUACUGGAAAUUUGCCUGCCUAAAGGCCAUGAACAGGAUGAGAAAGCUCUGGACCCAUGCUACAUCUUGCCAACGGGUAUCAUUGAAGCCAAAUCACUUUAUAAGUUAGUGUUGAUGGGGGGAAUCAGAGUUGAUCAAGCAUUCCUGAGUCAUUCAGUCAAGUUUUUCUCAUUGCGAGUAUUGUCAUUGUGGAGUGUACUUUUGGAAGAUGAACAAGCGAUUGAGCAUCUCAUUUCUUGUUGUCCUUUGAUUGAAGAUGUAGCUUUGAAGUGUUGUUCUGUAUUGAACAAUGGUGGCAUAGGAGGUCUACUUGAGCCCAGGACCUCUAGGAUGCAAUCUAUAAGUAUGAAUGCUCUGCCAAAGCUCAAGAAAGUUGAUGUUCAAGGGAUACCGGAGAUUAUUAUCAUUGAUGCUCCAAGUCUAGAGUAUUUCUGUUUUUGUCCUGGUGGAGAUGUGCAUUCACCUUUUAAGAUGAAUUUUGACAAGUGCAGAAAUUUGAGAGUGUUAUACUUAUGGUCAUUGAAGAGCACUACUAUCACAGACAAGUGGUUUCUUGAUCUAUUUACUAAAUUUCCCUUCCUUGAGUGUUUGAAAUUUGUCAAUUGCACAAUGUCUGAGACGAUUAAUAUUUCAAGUGCUCAACUCAAGGUCUUAGAGUUAUCAAAUUGCUCCAAAUUGAAGGAGCUCAACCUGGAUGCUCCAAAUUUAUUGUCAUGUGGAUAUUGUGGUGAUGGUGCCUCAAAACCUAUAAUAUCUUUUCUGAAAAGCUCUAGUCAACUGGAAGUCAAUGCUCAGAUCGACAUUGAUUUUAUGGAUCUUCAUUACUUGAGGGAAUGCAUCCAAAACUUCAAACCUCAAAAUGUUUUGGCUUCACUAUCCCUAUUUAUCCACCAGCCAAUUGUCGAUGAGUUGAACUUAGAGAUCUUGCCAGUUUCAUCCUCUCCACCAAGCAUCAAACAUUUGGACCUGCGUGCUGUUCCAAAAAAUGAAACUUUGUAUCUGCCUCUUGUCAAUAGUGUACUUUCCAGUUGCUGCCCUGCAACUAUUUCGUUGAGCUUGAAUUCUUUUUUCUGCAGCAGAGCAUUCAUUGAGUUUUUCUACGAGACGCUAACAGGAAGAAAAGAGGAUGAGUGUUUUUGCAGUUCUGGUCAUAUUAAGUGCUGGUGGCAUGGCUUGAAGGAUGUGAAAGUCUCAAGCACUAGGAAGGCUGAUGAGAAUAUUGAUUUUAAGACCAUGUUAGAUGCCUUGCCGACUUUUUCCCAUCAUGACAAUAUUAUCUUUAGGUUAGAGUUGUAAUAUUAAUUGUUGUCAUCUACUAAUAGACUGCAUACAUACAAGUUUGAUGUUGCUACAGAAUAAGGAGAAUAUCCUUCUUGUUCUACCUUUUUAGGUAUUACAUACAAUCUGAAAAAAGGAACUUUAGCCGGUACUUUUUUGCUAAUUAAAAUACACUAAUAAAAUACACUUUAUUAAAUCA